CGCAACAUGGUGUCGACAGGGCUGCGUCUCGUGAGCAGCCUUGGGUUGCCAUGGGUUGGGAUUGUCCGCCUGGAAUAGGCGCCGGGCUGUGGAUGACCUCGUCGGCUGUCCAGCUGAGCGUGACGGUAGGGCCUGGGGGGUGGGAGGAGGCUUUCACAUGCAAGACGGUGGCGCUGGCUACAGCGCUUGGGAGAGAAAGACGUCGACG